UGCAAUCUUAACAGAGUUCACUGUGGGAACCUGCGUCGUCUUGCUGCUGCAAAAUGGGGUACAGAAUUAGGAACUCAGCUCUUAAAACUCCAUGACCUCACAGACUGCCAGCUCCACUUUCAAGCACGCACUGGUCGACAAGUUCAAGACAACAAUGAAGCAAAUUCUCAAGCCUUCUUUUCCACUACAGAGAUGCCUCCUGAAGACAGCUCUAAGUUACCACAACCUGCCAAUCAAACUCGUUCUUUCAAUGAUCUUAUGCACUUCAUGGCUGUAUAUGCCAAUUUUUCCUCAGAGGUCCAAUCAAAGAUAGGUCACCGCUAUGAAGAUUUCAUCCGUUCCUGCACUUUCAGUGGUGAAUCUUGCCUAAAUUCAUCACUGUUCUUUGAUCAAUAUUCCUCAAACAGUUAUGGAAAUUGCUUUACAUUUCAUACUAGACGCAAAACUGUCAUCCCAGGAAAAGAAUAUGGUAAUUAA